UACUCAUCACUGCAGUGGGCAGGGCGGUCUGUUGUAGCGGCUGUUAUGCAGCAAGAUUCCUCAAUCGCACGUAGGUUUUUCGUAGAUUUCUUUAGUGAUUUCCCGUAAAAAUCGGGAUCACGCGACAUAAAAACUUUAAGUACACAUUGAUCUCCUGCGCGGACAUCAAAAUGGCCGCUGACAGCCUUGCGGAUGGCAAAUCAAAGCUUGAAUUCGACGUCAACAUGACGUGCGGUGGAUGCGAAGCCAAAGUGCGCGAGUCGCUGGAAAAGAUCGGCGUUCGCAACAUGAUGAUCGACGUGGAGAAACAGAUCGUCGUCGUGGAGACCGACGUUCCGUUCACCAAGGUCCAGGAAGCCAUCAAGAGCACCGGGAAGAUAGCCGUGCUCAAAGGAUACGGCUCCUCUACAGCUCCGAGUGUUGCUGCUGCCGUCUCCGAGAUCUUCAGUCAUUCUGGAAUUAUGGGAGUGGUGCGCUUUACUCAAGGCACCGACGGAGGAUGCAUCAUUGACGGAGUCAUUGAUGGACUCAAGCAAGGGCAGACACACCGGCUACGCAUUCAUGAACUGGGGGAUCUCUCCAAUGGCUGCCAGAGCACCGGUGAUGUUUAUGACCCGCAUCCCAUCUCAGCAGAUCGCAAGAGGCCAAGGAGAUAUGGUAGCCUCGGUGAAAUAGACGUUGACAACAAUGGCCGGAGCGUCUUUCGAAGAACCAAUGACAUUGUGAAGGUCUGGGAUAUCAUCGGCAGGUCUUUGGUUGUCUGUUCAGAAUCUUCCAACAAAUCCCACACCGGAGAUGAGGGCUGCUCUCGCCUCGCCUGCGGCAUCAUCGCAAGAGCCUCGGGCGUCGCCCAAAACCCAAAGAGAAUCUGCGCCUGCGACGGAGUGAGCGUCUGGGAUGAGCGGACCCUGCCCGACAUUAAGAAGAACGAAGCCUGAGCGAGAGCUCGUACGAGUGGUGACGUCACUUCCUGUGGCUCACUUAAUUUUGCUGACUUCGUAUGGAUGUGCAUCGAGCCCGGUUUCCAUGCAGAGUUGGUGUUUGCAUUCCGGUGACGGCGUCACCGGGACUGUAUAGUCGCUAUCCUCAGAAGAAUAACGAAAACUUCCUCUGUGGCACGAUCAGCCAAUUAUCGGUGUGUGAUAUUCCGCGUUUCACAGCUGACUAUUGAUAUGUCGAAUUCAGAUAUAAUGAAUUUUUCCUAAUGUUUUGGGGCUCGAAUUUCUGUGUGUACAGUUAAACCUCGAUUUAACGAAGUCGAUUGGACCUUUGAAUUAUUGUUAAAUCAGGAACUUCGUUGAGUUGAAAACAUUCGAUCCUGUGGAUAACUACAUUAUUUUUUUUCAAAAGCAAAAAAAAAACUUCAUUUUUACGCGCCUACUUAGACAGCUAGUCCCUUGAGCAUGUCUUGUGUUUCUUUAUGAGGGCAGCAAACCUUGUUAAGCGAUUUAUGGCGUGUGUGACCUGAACGGAAAUUUGGUGUAAUUUAACCAUAUUUUUCCCUCUUCGUUAAAUCGGGGGAGACGUAGAGCUCACUUUGCUUCGGGGUUUUCAAUGCGUCAGGCUCCACAUGUUGGAGAAUCGAAAGCACUUGGUUAAAUAGCAAAAUUUUGUACAACGAGGUUUCGUUAUAUCGAAGUGUGACUGGAUUCGGCUUCGACUACAAGCUGAGUUCGCAUUGCGAGCUUGACGUGGACCAAGCUUCUAAGGAGCCUGUGAACAACUAUAAUGAAUGUUUCCCGUUGAUUACCGAUAACGUGCGUCGCUUGUUGCGCAUGGCACCUUUCUAUGUGCAUUCCGUCUAGAGGCACUGUAGCAUAGAUGAUGUUUCGCGCAUACGGUGCAUUUAUACCGCGAAGCUUUAUUGCCGCUGCUGCGCGUCAUUUCAAAUGACAAUAAAGUGAUAUUUUUUUGUUA